AGAGAUGGCAGAUGCUUGAUAGAUCCUGUAGUUCAACUUGAUUCCUAGAGAGAAGCUGUUCAUAUGAUACCAGAACUUUUGGUUGUGUCUUUUGCAGAAAUGAAAUUUCAGGAAACUAGACUGGAGUCUCACUUCUCUUCCAGCCCGGAACUCUUGGGAGCUGUAAUCCUGGAUGUAUAGUAGAUAAUAACAGCAUUUUUGUUUUAUGCAUGAAGGUGGAUGAUUCUUCAAAUUAAAGAUGGACACUGACUUUUCUCACCAGAAAUGGUUUAUAAGAAUCAACUUAAGAGGCAGUAAAAGAAAGAGGUUCUUUUCAGCAUCUGAAGACUUUAUUAUCUAUUAUGUCUUUGUGUGAAGAUAUGCUGCUUUGUAAUUAUCGCAAGUGUCGUGUCAAACUCUCUGGUUAUGCAUGGGUCACUGCCUGCUCUCAUAUAUUCUGUGAUCAGCAUGGUAGUGGUGAGUUUAGUCGUUCACCAGCUAUCUGCCCUGCCUGCAAUAGUACUCUUUCUGGAAAGCUAGAUAUUGUCCGCACAGAACUCAGUCCAUCAGAGGAAUAUAAAGCCAUGGUAUUGGCGGGACUUCGACCAGAGAUUGUGUUGGACAUCAGCUCCCGAGCGCUGGCCUUCUGGACAUACCAGGUACACCAGGAGCGUCUCUAUCAAGAAUACAAUUUCAGCAAGGCAGAGGGCCAUCUGAAACAGAUGGAGAAGAUAUAUACUCAGCAAAUACAGAGCAAGGAUGUAGAAUUGACUUCUAUGAAAGGGGAGGUCACCUCCAUGAAGAAAGUGCUAGAAGAAUAUAAGAAAAAGUUCAGUGACAUUUCUGAGAAACUUAUGGAGCGAAAUCGCCAGUAUCAAAAGCUCCAAGGCCUCUAUGAUAGCCUUAGGCUGCGAAAUAUCACUAUUGCUAACCAAGAUAGUACUCUUGAACCAUCUAUGAUUGCACAGUCUGGUGUUUUUGGCUUCCCAUUAGGGAACAACUCCAAGUUUCCUUUGGACAGUACACCAGUUCGAAAUCGGGGUGGUGGAGAUGGAGAUUUUCAGUUCAGACCAUUUUUUGUGGGUUCUCCCACAGCACCUGAACCUGCCAACAGCUUUUUUAGUUUUGCCUCCCCAAAUAAUGAAUUAGAGCAGCAGCCAGUCUCUAGCAGGGCCUUUAAAGUAAAAAGAAUUUAGUUGACCUCACAGAAUUUUCUCUGUUCACUUUCAGUGAUUUCAUUUAGUAAAUAAUCUUUGUUUCACAUAGGAGUCACCAGCCUUUUGUGUUUGUACUGAAUCUUCCAAGUUGUCUUCACAUUUCCGAUUUAUAAGAGAUUAAGUGGCAGUGGGCUGCGGGUAGCUUCAGAUUUCCUUUUCAGUUUCUUGUAUUAAACUCAAUUUUAGGGUAAACUGUUUUCACUGGUAGCAAAAAGCUUACACUAUUUUUGGGUGUUUGUAGAUCACCAUUUGUUUAUGUUUGAGCUAUUUCUGGCUGAGCCCUAUGUUUAAGGAUACUGUAUAAGCACCUCUGUUUUAUGUCUACAUGUCAGUUUGGGUUCUGGUAUGUAUAUGUUCCUUUACAUUUCUUUUUGUUGUUGCAUUUGACAGUAUGUUUAUGUGAAAAUUUUGGUUUCAGGAACUAGUGAGUGAGCCUGUAGCUUGUUAUUUGGAAACAUAUAUUUAUUUGUAUAUACUUAAUGUAUUUGCCCAUGUAUGAACUUGUUUGGAGGUGUCAUAUCAGUGAAUGAAGGAAGGUACAAUUUGAUGCAUGUAUGUUUAGUUCCUAUUUCUAUUUAAGAGUAAUUCACAUUGAUAAAGUUAUGUUGAAAGCUGACUUUUUGGCAUUUAAGAUAAAAUUACUUCUUUAUUUUUUUGCUAGCUGUUGCCCUGGAUCUGCUUAUUUAGGAAUGCACUUCUACUGCAGGAAGCUUGCCAGUAUGUUGUUGAUCUCAAGAUUAUAGUAAUUAAAAUACUUUUAACGAUUUAUUCCUUGUUUUUCUUUAUUAAAUAGUGGUCAUUUCUGACUACUAUCACAGUAAAAUACAGAACCAAUAAAGAAAUUUGAAGGAUACUUUCAGUAACUUUAUAUCCUAUUAGAGGCAAGACUUGAAAUCAUACUGGUUGAGGAGCCAGAACAUCAAGGUUCUAGUUCUUUUUUCCCCCAUAUAUUAGUUGUACAAGUUUAAGUUUAAACUUUCGGGGGCUUUGUUUCUACGUCUGUGAUGUAAGGUGUUGAAUUAAAUUAUCCUUACAGCCUUUUCUAACUCUUAGAUUUUGUGAUUUAUUGUUACUGGCUUGGAAAGAAUUGCCAUGGAAUUACCUAAAUGCCAAGUUCCAUUGUUUUUUAGGUAAUAAAAGUCAUACUGAAAUCA